UAAAGGGAGAGAGCGGAAAAUCCUAGAGAGGAGCGGAACUCUGCACUGGAGCACUUCCUCGACUGCCGUCCCCCCCCCUCCCCCAAGUCUUUGAUUUCUCUACCUGCAGUAGCGGCUCCAUCUAAGGAUCUGCUGUAUUACAGAACACAAUAGUGGAGGAAGAAGGAUCACCGGACUUUAGCCCCGCCUUUCUGAAUUACCAGCUGUUCCUCUAAAAGAGAAACUGACUGAAGAACAAGGAGAUCUUUGGAUAUUACUGGAAACUGUCUUGGAAUAGAGAACAAAGAUGAUAGAAGACGACCCAGCUAACCCCAGAGCAGUUAAAGAGCAUGAGUCUAGAAGCACUGAGGAAUUCUGGGAAAGGACUGAGCAGAAGAUUCCAGGAGAGGACACCACCAGUUCUAAAGUAGAGCGCCAGCACUUCAGGCAGUUCUGCUAUCGGGAGGCGGAGGGACCCCGAGAGGUUUGCAGCCGACUCCACAGCCUUUGUCGUCAGUGGCUAAAGCCAGAGACACACACAAAAGCUCAGAUGCUGGACCUGGUGAUCCUGGAGCAGUUCCUAAGUGUCCUGCCCCCAGAGAUGGAGAGCUGGGUGAGAGAAUGUGAAGCGGAAACCAGUUCCCAGGCGGUAGCCCUGGCAGAAGGUUUCCUCCUGAGCCAAGCAGAGGACAGGAGUCGAGAAGAGGAGCAGGGACAGAGGCCAUCAAAAGCAGACCCUGAUUUCUCUGAGGCAGAGAAGGCUCCGUCAGACACCAGACAGAAGCCGAUGUUCAGGUGGAUCGUGCAGGAGGGUGAUGGAAUGGCUACCUUGAUAAGCGGUGAAAUCCCACUGGCUCUUCAUUCCCGGCCUGCUCCUUUCUGUGGCAAAGCAGAGACAGCCUCUGUACAGCUGGACCAGGAUCUGGCAGACUUUGAGGAGGUGGCUGUGCAGUUCACGGAGGAGGAGUGGGCCUUGCUGGAUCCCAACCAAAGGGCUCUGCACAGAGAAGUCAUGGAGGAAACCUGCGGACAUCUGGCCUCUCUGGGUCAUGGAGGGGAGAGCGAGAAAAAGGAUGAGUGGCAGAGAUGGGGAAUAGAAACAAAACAUCAGUGGCUGAGGAGCGCCUCUUCCGAUCCCACUGGCUUUUAUGAAAUGCCAAUCCAAAAGGAUUGUAAAGGAAAGAGUACAUCACCGCCAUAUGCAGAAAUAUUAACUAGUAAGUCAAGCCUCAGCACACAUCAUAUAAUUUGUACCACUGAGAAAAAAUAUGAAUGCUUAGAGUGCAGAAAGUGCUACAGCUCUAGAUCAAAUCUCACUAUCCAUCAAAGAAUACACACAGGAGAAAAACCAUAUCAGUGCUCGGUCUGUGGAAAAAGAUUCAGCCAAAAUGCAAGCCUUGCUUGCCAUCAACGAAUCCACACUGGAGAGAAACCGUACACAUGCUUAGAAUGUGGCCAGACCUUCAUCAGCAGAACUCGACUUACUUUACAUCAAAGAAUACACACAGGAGAAAAACCAUAUAAGUGUUCAGUAUGUGGAAAAAGCUUCAGUGACGGUUCGACCCAUAUUACUCAUCUAAGAAUCCACACAGGGGAGAAACCACACCAAUGCUCAGAAUGUGGAAAGAGCUUCAGUGAUAGCUCAAGCCUUGCUUCCCAUCUAAGAAUCCACACAGGGGAGAAACCAUAUAAAUGUUCAGACUGCGGAAAGAGUUUCAGGAUUAGCUCACACCUUACUUCCCAUCAAAGAAUACACACGGGAGAGAAGCCGUAUCAGUGCUCAGAGUGUGGAAAGAGUUUCAGUGAUAGUUCAAGCCUUACUUACCAUAAACGAAUCCACACAGGGGAGAAACCAUAUCAAUGCUCAGUGUGUAAAAAAUGCUUCAGGCAGAGCUCAGACCUUAGUUCCCAUCAAAGAAUCCACACGGGAGAGAAACCAUAUGAAUGUUCAGUGUGUGGAAAGUCCUUCAGGAAGAGCUCCGGCCUUAGUUCCCAUCAAAGAAUCCACACCGGGGAGAAAGCAUUUGAAUGUAGAGUGUAGGAACAUCUUCAUCCUGAGACAAAACCUUAAGUAAUAUCGAAGAAUCCAUAUGUGAAUGACUGCUUUUAUACUCACUGAUUGGAAGCCCCUUGGCUAAGAAGUUCUCUGAGGGCUGGGGGCAACAGCAUUCUUUUGAAAGACUUGUGGCUAUGGCUGAAAAAUGUCCCUUAGCUUAUCAGGGGAUCAAGAAGCAGGGGAGUGGUUCCUCAGCAGAGGGCAGCUGGUGGUGGGCGACUUCAAUGUUCACUUUGGGACUGAAUUGUCAAGAGUAACUCGGGAGUUCAUAGUGGCCAUGACAACUAUGGGUCUUUCCCAAGUUGUCUCAGGUCCGACACAUGUUGCUGGUCACAUUCUCAAUUUGGUAUUUUGCUCUGCUAAGGGAGGUGUUCCGUAAUUGGGGACUCCUAUGAUUUCCCUAUUGUCAUGGAUAGACCACCACCUGGUGAAGGUUCAAUUUGCAGUCACUAGUCACCUCUGCAGGGUUAAAGGGCCUAUUAGGAUGGUCCACAUGAGGAGGCUAUUGGAUCCAAUAGGAUUCCACACAGGAGGGUUUGGAGGGUUUUAAUGUUGGCUCUGCUGGUGAUCUUGUUGACACCCUAGUGGAAAAUUGGAAUAAUGAACUCACUAGGGUGGUAGACCCGAUCACUCCUAAGCAUCCUCUCGGACCUGCUUCUAAAUUAGCUCCAUGGUAUACAGAAGAACUACAGGAGCUGAAGCGGCUAGGUAGACUACUAGAGUGCAAAUGAAGAAGGACUCAACUCUAAUCUGACAGAUUGCAGCCCAGAGCAUAUUGAAGACCUAUGCUCUGGCAGUACAUGCGGCAAAGAAGCAAUUCUUUGCUGCACAUAGUGUCCGAAGGUUCGUGUUCAGUGGAAUUGUUGAGGGUGGUGAGCAGACUUAUAUAGUCCCUUUCUGCUCCAGCUUUGGAGACAUCAGUCAGCCACUCUUAAGCUUUUAAUUAGUUAUUUGUGGACAAAAUCUCUUGUAUUUGAGCCGACUUGGAUUCCAUUGUUGGUGCAGCGUAUUUUGCAGAGGUAUCCAGUAAAUCCUCUUGUUUGGCUAAACUGAAUUAAUUUUAGUUUGACUCCUGAGGAUGUGAACAAACUGCUUGGAACUUUGCGUCCUGCCACCUGUUCUCUUGACCCUUGUCCAACAUGGCUUAUUAUCAAGCAGGGAGAUUGUUGGAGAGGGCUGGUUGAGAUCAGAAAUGAGGAAAGGUAGGAUGCCUCCUUGUUUAAAGGUGGCAAUUAUUAGACCUCUUUUAAUGAAGCCUACACUUGAUCCCCCAGAGUUAGACAAUUAUAGGCCUAUCUCCAAUCUGCUGUGGUUGGCCAAGGUGGUGGCCUCUCAACUCCAGGCAGUCUUUGAUGAAACAGAUUAUCUAGACCCAUUUCAAACUGGAUUUCAGGCAGGUUAUGGAGUGGAGUCUGCCUUGGUUGGCCUGAUGGAUGAUCUCCCAAGUGAAACUGAUGGAGUGUGACUCUGUUGGUCCUUUUUGGAUCUCUUGCAGCUUUUGAUUCCAUUGACCAUGGUAUCCUUCUGGAUUGCCUGGAGAGACUGGGCUUAAGGGGCACUGCUUUGCAGUGGUUCCACUCUUACUUGGAGAUUGUUGCUCUAUGAAGUGAGAGUUUUUGUAUGGUGUCCCUCAGGGCUCCAUCUUGCAUCUCCAAUGCUUUUUAACAUCUACAUGAAAUUGCUGGGAUCAGUCAUCAGGGGAUUUGAUGCAGGAUGUUAUCAGUAUGUUCAUGAUAUCCACAUAUAUUUCUCCAUGUCGGCUUCAGAAGGCAAUGGCAUAACUUCCCUAAAUGCCUGCCUUGAGGCAGUAAUGGGCCGGAUGAGGGAUAACAAAUUGAGACUGAACCCAAACAAGAUGGAGGUGCUCAUUGUAGGAAGCUGCAGUUCAGGAAAUGGGAUAGAUCUGCCAGUUGUGGAUGGUGUUUCACUUCCCCAGAAGGAACAGGUUCGCAGUUUGGAAGUACUUAUGGACCCAACACUUUCUUUGAUACCUCAGGUGGAGGCAGUGGCCAGGAGCACUGUUCCCUCUAAGGCAUGUGCAUGUGGGUGUGCUCACAAGUUUUUGGAUGUCCUCUCAGUUCAUUUUAGAUCCCACUCAGGUUGAAUCAGGAAGGCCCCAUUCUGAAUGCAGGUCCGCACACACACUGCCUUGAUACUGCUGCCCAGAACAAAACACAUUCCGCACAAAGAUGGGAAAGAUUAGAGGGAUCACUGGCCAGAAGUGCUUUCUAUCAGCUUCAGCUGAUUCACCAACUGCAUCCUUUCCUGGAAGUGAGUGACCUUAAGACAGUGCUGCACAUUCUGGUAACCUCCAGGUUUGACUAUUGCAAUGUACUCUACAUGGGGCUGCAUUUGUACAUAGUCCAGAAACUGCAAUUGGUGCAAAAUGCUGCUGCCAGAUUGGUCUCCAGGACAUCCCAAAGAGACCAUAUCAAUCUUUUAAAAAUAACUACAGUGGCUACCAAUAGGUUUCUGGGCAAAACACAGAGUGCUGGUUAUUCUCUUUAAAGGCCUUAAUGGCUCGGGCCCAGGGUAUUUAAGAGAAGCCUUCUUCAUUAGGAACCCUGCUGCCUAUUAAGAUCUUCAGAGGAGGUUCAUCUGAGGCUGCCGCCAGCUCCUCUGGUAACGACUCAAAGGAGCCUUCUCUGUAGUUGCCCCAGAGCUGUGGAAUGCACUUCCUGCUGAGAUUAGAGCUGAUCCAUCCCUGUCGGGUUUUAGGAAAAGGACAUUAAAGACAUCUUUUCAGCCCAUUUUUUUUAGCUAUUUGGUAUUUUUAUGAGUAUUUUAAUUGGAUAUUUUUAUGUUAAUUAUUAAAAUUUAUUGGUUUGUUCUGUUGUUGUAAACCGCCUAGAGACUUUGGUAAUGGGUGGUAUACAAAUAUGUUAAAUAAAUAAAUUGAACCUC